AUGGCGAUCACUCAUGUUAUAUAUGACUUCGACGGACUUCUUGUCGAUACGGAGCCAUGCUACAAGGCUGUUCAUAAAGAAAUACUAGGUCGAUUUGGCCAUGAAUUUACUCCUGAGCUGGCAUCACAUAUGAUGGGUCGGAAAGAAAAAGAGGCCUUCAUUUGGCUUAUUGACAAGCUGAAUAUAGGAGACAAGAUUACACCCGAACAGUACAUAAAAGAGUACGACUCCAUGCUAACCAAAAUGUAUGCUCAAUGCAAGCCUAUGCCCGGCGCUGAACGAUUGGUUCGGCAUUUGCAUAAAAAAGGGAUACCGACUGCUUUAUGCUCGGGUUCUCGUAGCUCAAAGUACGGACCUCGUCGUGAGCCACACAAAGCUUGGCUGGAUCUUAUUCCAAUACAAGUGUUUAUUGGCGAUAUGGAAGAAAUCAAACAUGGAAAGCCUUAUCCGGAUGGUUUUUUAGCCACGAUGAACAGGUUUCCUGAAAAACCUGCAGCACCAUCGAACAUUCUGGUUUUUGAAGAUGCUCCGAAUGGUGGUAGAGCAGCGAUUGCAGCCGGAAUGAGGUGUGUAAUGGUACCUGCCGAUGAGCACCGUGAAGAAGUGAUGCGACUGGGGGUGACCAAAGUGAUUAAUACUCUUGAAGAAUUUCGUCCCGAAGAGUUUGGACUACCACCAUAUGAUUAAUCGGUAAAGUUAAAAUCGCGAAGUUAAUUAGAAUGUUGUUGUAAAAUAUUUUCCGUUUCCAGUCAAAGUCUGGCUCCCGUGUAAUAA